UGUACACAUAGUAUAUAUGUAAACUACAAUGGUGUAUGCUUAAAAAGUUGAAUCAUAAUAAUAUCACCUCCAUUGCAUUAGAUAACUAGCAAAAACGAAGAGUCAAAUAGCUUUUCUUUUAAAAGCGUACGCAGCGAAGGUGUGGUUUGGUUUCGCGAAAAAAAACUGUUACUGGAUUGUUGUGGAGUGGAAUUUGUAUAUAUUCAGUAGCCAAAAAUCUAAGUUUUGCAAAUAUCGUCUAAAUUAAUUAGUCUAAAUUAAUCAAAAUUACUGCCUAAUGAAUCCAAGACAUAUCUUUCUAUCUAUCGGUAAAACAAAGUCUGCAAAAUAAAAGUUUUUCCGACAUUUAACUCAUGCGAAAUCUAGAAACGCUUAGAGCUACGAAAUAAAAUCAUUAAGAUGAGCGGAUCAAGAUCUCAGUUUCACUCUAGACAUCGUAAAUUAUGGCAUCUCAUCAUCACUGCCUUGACCUUACUGCCAUAUCACCCCACAAAUUCGCAGUCCCCCUUCGAAGUCCCCACUUAUCGUCAGUACGCCCCCGGAGAGCGGCUCAAGCCCGAACACGUUGUACCCAUCGUCAUCCGAGGGGCGUGGUUCUCUCGAGAAAAAAAUGUCAACACUUUCACCGAAUUUGACGACAAAUCAAUGUCCAGCCGCGGCAUUCUGGUCGAUCUUAAAGAAGAAUUUCAUGUCAAUUACACCCUAAUUUUCAAAUCUGAAAACUGUUUCCAUUGUGUCCGCAUCAACGUGAGGACGGUCAACAUAUUGGAGAAAAUCGAGACCGGAUGUAUCAACUUUCCCACUAACCGAGAUCCCCCCACGAUGGAGGAAGUUUGUCAGAAUCUGAACCCAGAUCAAAAUUUGAUUACACUUUUUUCUGAAAAUCCCGUCCCCGUAAAUUGCCGUUCCAGUUUGGAAGGCGUUUGGCAGUUCGCGUAUCAAAAUAGGUUUCGGUUCACCGGCGAGUGUGACAACCCUGAAGCGUCGAUUCAAUCCUGCCAAACGCCUGGGACCCAAUUUUUGAUCACGAAUCAAAAGUUUAAUAUUACAUACAAGGCAUGUGAGGGAAUGACGGGCACGUUUGAUGGGACCGUGGAGUACAGCUGCCUGGGGGACUGGUUUAUCGGAAAGAAUCACUUUUUUGCCGUCGUCAACACAAAAGAAUCCCGAAAGGAUGAAAAGUAUCGAUGUUUCCUGCGAAAUCGGGACGAUGAUUUAUUUCUUGCUGCAUCCAUCACAGCCGAAUGUAACACGAUUAAAGGGUCUGAAAGUGCACCUGAACGGUUACGAAUGACGCCAGUCAAAUCCGAAAUUGUCACACCAUCAUGUAAACUGCCCCAAAAUUAUACUGGAGAUUGGAUCAACACUGCCAAUCUUGAUGGUGACGUAGUAAUUAAUUCGACCCACAUUGUCGAAACGUGGUGGCCUGACGAGGGUCGUUAUCGUAAAACGGUCUACGUCUGCAAGGAGAAGAGAGGAUCGAGAUAUCUGAUGGCCAGGUUGACGGUGGAUGGAUGCCAAAAGGAUUACGUCUGCUUUGACUUUGUUCCGAGACAUCACAACAUAAUCCGUUUCAGGAAAAGCACUGCCCUGAUUACGGAACAAUUUUCUACGGUUUGUUCCUGGGUACAGUUUAAGAACGCGGAUCAAUGGAAAUAUGAUCUUUUACUGGUCAAGAAUCCGGACAACAUUCCUUGUCCAAUAUCCGGCUAUUAUCAAUUCCAUCAGACCGGAAGUAACCCCAUGGUGUCGCGGAUAAUGAACGGAAUCACGGACUCGCCUCGACCUCGAUUAAGCUGCAACAGGAACAUUUCCUCCUUCAAAGUGUGUGACGCUGAGAGGAAGGAAAUUGUUGUGGAUGUGGAGGAAAAUGUGUGCGUCGACUAUUUAGGCAGACCCCUCGACAUUUACAGUGAUCCCGACUACAAAAUGAAAUGUAUCGGAUACUGGAAAGAGAACUUGAAGUCGUACCUCAUCACGUACGACGAGCUGGACGCGUUUUCCCGAUAUCGCUGCUGGGUGUAUCAACGCUCCGACCUCAAUCGUGUCCUUAUGUCACUCUCACUCGGACCUUUUUGCUCCCUCAUCCAGGACGUCGACAGUUACGACAACAAGCAUGGCGCAGCCGUCGCCCUGGUCAUGGAAGAGUACGAGAGAGAACGAGAUCAAUGUCCCAUGUUCUUUGACGACGGUGCCAACCCAUAUAAAGAGGAAGAGGAAAGAAUUAUCACAUUUUUUAAAGGAAACUCUGCCACGUCUCUGAUGAAUCAAGAAACAUUGCCAUUUUUUAGCUUAAUUCUACUAAAAAUUGUAUUCCGCUUACUUUCAUAAAUUACAAGGGAAUGAUUUUUAUGGAUUUUACUUUUCUAUAUCUUGCAUCAAAGAAUUUGAGAGAUUGGAUGUUGUAAUAUUUAUAUUUUGAUAAUUUUAUUCCAUGACACGGUAAGAAUUUCUUACUAAGAAAGAGGAAACUUUUUUAUGAAUCUGUAAUUUUGUACAAUUUUGAUAACUGUCUGUGGUUUGUGUUGGUGUGUGAAAUGAGUUUAAUAACAAAUACAAAUAGAUACAUUUUUUAUGAGAAAAUAAGACUAUCAUGGACUCAACUAUUUUUAAAGUAUUUUAUGCAUUUCUACAUAACAAUUGCGCUUGGCUAUGUAUUGGUUUUAUUUAUUUGUUAAAGAAGUCACAGUUUAUUUACUAAAUUUCAUAUAGAUUUUUUGCCGACGAUUUGGGAAAAAUGAAAAAAAAAUUUAGAACAUUUCCUUAUCAAUUCUGAUUUUCCUAAAUGAUAAAAUCUCUUUGAUAACGUUAAAUUAAUGUCUGUGGAUGACAGGUAUGAAAACAUGAGACACCGACAUAAAAGAAUGAAUUUUACAGUCUCCUAGCUUGAGACCGUACAUCAACCCUUUCACAAUAUUAAUCUGUAUUAAGUAUAUUCCAAAAAUGCAACCCAAAAAUAGAAGUGAAAGUAUGAGCAUAUUAUACAUAAACAUAUUUAGUCUAAACUGGUUCAACUUUUUCGUACUUUAUAUUCCACAUUCAUCACAUAAUAAAUGUAUUAAUCAAAUAGUUACAUAAUAUCUAUGUAGAUAACUACUGUAUAACUCAUUUCAUUGUCAAACACAGCGUGUACAGUUUGUAAACUUUCUCCGUUAUUAAAUCUAAUGUACUUGUCAAACAUAUAACAAAUCUACAACGAUGGAUAUCAAUGGGGGACAAAAUACUACAUAUUUUAUUAAGACUGACCUACAGGAAGACUUUCAGGGUCAGCAGCCAGUGGUACAAUGCAAAGACGAAAAGGUAACUUUGCAUACUGGUGUAAGUGAUGACUUUUAGACCCUGUGUAUUUCUGAGAAAAUUGCAAUGCAUUGACCGGUUAUGACAGAUAAGUAACAUUUGGGUCAUCCAGCAGCUAGUGCUUACACCACGCUUUAUAUUUGUUAGUCCAUAUUAAUUCCAGUAUUAAAAUACUACAUAAUUCUGACAUGAUCUACUACUGAUUAGUCCUUUUGCAUAUAUGUACCAUUCUCUAUAUUUUAUAAAUCGUUUUGCAUUCAGUUCCUGCGUGCAGACUGUUCGCUAAAUUUUACAUCUAAAUUAAACCAUUUGAUAAGCUAUCAAUGAUAACUAUAUAAUACGUAUAUGUGUGCAUUUUUUAGGUCCUUGUGCAGGAUAUACAGGUUACGAACGCUUUUAGGACAAAGCCGACCAGAUGCACGGAAAGAGGGGGAGUGCCCGAAGUAGAAACAUUUGACAGCAACGUAACCCUGAGAUUUUAUUUCAACCCUCAACAACCGACCGUGGCCAUUUUGUCGCCAUCAGUCGUACUCGGAGGUGACCAUAUUGUCAAAAAAGUGCUUGUGACGCCAUCAACGAGAGCAGUCCAUGUACCCGUUAACCAACUAUUCUCUGCAACGCAAAUUCUACAAACCGUUCAAAUUGACAGUAGUUUGUAUUGUUUUAUUUUCGACUGCAUGUACGUUGCUCAACAGGCACGACAAAAGUGGGGAACUAUGUCGCACAUAGUAGAAAAUCGCGGAUAAGUAAUAAUUCUACUUCAAACCAUUUUUGUAAUAUUUUUUAAAAUGCAAAUUUUCCACGCCAAAAAGUCUAUUGCUAAAAUAGAUAAAAAUAGUAAAAAAAAUAUAAAGAUCAUCCGGAAAUAUGUUGGAAUUUCUGUUUGAAUGUAAGAUGUAAAAAUCCAAAUCGAUUAUAUUUUUCAUGCUCAAUAAUGAGAAUUGUAGAAUAAUAAAAUUUGAUAAGUAUAUAAUUAUUUUACAAUAAUUAUACAUAUUUAUUUCCCGUGCACAAAAUGUAUUAAAAAGAAAUCAAAGAAAUGAAUGCUGGAUAAAUACAAUUGAAGUCGUUGGUCGGUUUAGUUUUAUUGGGAACUUAACAAUGUAAUUAUGGUUGAAUAAUAAUCUCACGGAACUUACUUAUAAAAUAAUAAUAAUAAUGAGAA